AAUUCGGGGUAUUUAUCUUAAUUUAAGCGCUAAGAACAAUGUCGCCGGUUUGUUAAAGUAUUCGACUAGUUCGAUUUUCUAGAGGAUAUUACAUUGGGCCAGUGACCGAGAGGAAUGUUUGAGUGAAAAAUAGUCUGUGCUAAUUUUAUUAAUACAAUUUAUUAUUUAAUUCACCUAAUUGGCGACUAAUAUAAUGAAAAACGACAUGCUACUUAUCAAGAUGAAUUGAUAUACUUCACUCCUUUUGCCCAACGAGCUGUGCGAAUGUGCCUUUCAUCCGACAAUUGUUUUGUUUAUUUUUAUUACUCAAUAGUGUUUAUAUUACUGUGUUACAAUAAAAAUGCCUUCAAUACCAACUGCCGAGACCGAUGCAGAAUGUCGCAGCAUAGACAGUGUGGGUUCUCAUUCCGAUAUUUCUACACACACCAAUGCCACAAUGACUAAAACUCAUAUGGAAGUGGUUUGUGUCAUUGAUAUUUGCCAAAGUCAGAACUUAGCCGAUAGGAAAAGAGCCCUGGAUGAUGUUCAAACCGCUUGUAUACAAGUGGGGGCCUCCCUGUCCCAUAUUCAGUUCGAGAAGUUGGACUUUGGGGAAACGCAAGUGAUUAGCAGUUUUUACAAUGCAGAUGUGGUGAUAAUUGAUAUAUCCUUGCCAGUUCAACAGAGCACUUUAAUAUAUCACUUGGGAGUGCGGGAGAGCUUCAAAAUGAAGCAAAACGUCCUCAUUUACAAUGAUGUUGAUGCUGACACCACUCUAAGAUUAAAGUUGUCGUGUUCGAACUAUACCUUCAUUUCAUAUAAGUCAUCCGAAACUUCAUGCCUAACAACAGGACCAACCGAUAGAGGAGAUGAUAUGACUGAAUUCUUGUAUCAAAAGCUUAAAAAGCAGCUGCAAGAAGUAGAAUUGCAAAGCAAAGCGUACAUGAAAGAACGCUUUCUGGCUGAUCUUAAGAAAAUCAACGAAAUCAAAACUGAGCCAGAAAAAAAAGAAGCUUUGCUGAAAAUUGUUAAACGUUUGGACGAUCCCAAUGUACUAUCAGGAGACACUAUUCUGAACAUUCUUCUAAGUUUUCGAGACAUCCAAGGCUACGAGUCGAUGAUUCAUAUCGUUGAUGGACUUAAAUCGGUUCCGGCUGCUCAAAAGUAUCUUAAUUCCUAUAUUAUAUUUUUAUAUGCUUUUGCAUUGAACAGAAGGAAGAAAGACGGCGACAGGGAAAGAGCACUUGGAGAGUGUAUUCGAGCUUUAAAAACUAAAGAAAACAAUUUUCCGGACAUGCUUUGUCUGUGUGGUAGGAUUUACAAAGAUAUAUUUACUGAGUCUAACUAUACAGACCAAGAAAGUCUGGAUCAGGCUAUUCACUGGUAUAAAAAAGGGUUCGAAGUUCAGCCUAAUGAAUAUGCGGGUAUAAAUUUAGCAACAUUGUUAGUGAUCAAAGGGGAAGAACUUAGUAAAUCGAACGACUUGCAACACAUUGCCAUUGUUUUAAAUCGCUUAAUUGGAAAUAAAGGCAGCCUUGCAUCGCUCAAGGACUAUUGGGUUGUGGCGACGUUUUUUGAAAUAUCAGUUUUAGCUCAGAACUAUGCCAACGCAAUACAGGCUGCAGAACACAUGUUUCGUCUGAAACCACCCGACUGGUAUCUAAAAUCAACUAUAGGAAAUAUUCAGUUAAUCGACCGGUUUCGGAAGAAACGGGAGGACGACAUUUCUGCGGAGGAGCAAAUUUUUUACUUUUGGAUGGAAUUUUUUACAGAGGCCAUCAAGUCUGAGGAUGAAGUGUCUUCGGACGGGCGAUUUCCCGUUUUGAUUUUUGAACCUAGUAAAGAGUACAUGCCUAGUCAUAUUUGGAUCAACUUAGGAGCUGAACCACAAACUUUACAGUUAACAAAUGAGUGCCUUAAACGUUUAAAACUGUGCUGUCGAGAGAUUCACGAUUGGGAAUUCAAAGCUGAUGAUAUACGAAGCUUUAGUUUGAACACGCAAGAUGAUAGAUCGUUAUUUUUAUACGUCUUGGCCAUAUCGGAUUGUUUCCAAAUGAUGUUUCCUUCGGCGGCAUGUAGGAGUGUUUUUCAUAACUUAUUAGUGAAUCUACUCAAUUAUCAAGAAAGACCCUUGGAACCGGAACCGCCACAACAAAUUCUUUGCGAGUAUGAACUGGAUGAGCAAGGCCGAAGGAAGACGUUGGGAAAAGGCAGCUAUGGCGUUGUAUAUGCAGCUUUAGAUUUGAACAAGCAAGUGAAAAUUGCCGUAAAAGAAGUACCUGAGAAGGACGUUGGAGCGGUUCAACCGUUACACGAAGAGAUUCGAGUGCACUCUCAAUUGAGGCAUCGGAAUAUUGUGCAAUACCUCGGAUCGAUUUCGGAUCAAGGAUUUUUCAAGAUAUUUAUGGAACAGGUUCCUGGAGGAUCUCUGAGUCUUCUUUUAAGAUCGAAAUGGGGAUCACUACAAAAAAAUGAACCUACUAUGGCUUCAUACACUAAACAAAUCCUAGAGGGUUUGAAGUAUUUGCAUAGCCAUCGAAUUGUACAUAGGGAUAUUAAAGGCGAUAAUGUGCUGGUGAAUACAUACAGUGGAGUAGUGAAAAUUUCGGAUUUCGGAACAUCAAAGAGACUAAUUGGACUGAGUAUGAGUACGCAAACUUUUACUGGAACUAUGCGGUACAUGGCUCCGGAGGUUAUCGAUAGAGGACAACGAGGAUAUGCAGCUCCUGCGGAUGUGUGGUCAUUGGGAUGUACAGUGGUGGAAAUGGCUACUGGGAAACCGCCGUUUAUCGAGCUGGGGUCUGCACAAGCUGCUUUAUUUAAAGUAGGUUGCCAUAAAGCACAUCCGGAAAUUCCUGCUCUCUCGGAUAAAGCCACCAAGUUCAUUUUGAGAUGUUUUGAGUCCGAUCCUGAUAAAAGAUCAACUGCUGAGGAACUACUGGAAGAUCCAUUCUUGGGUCCUGAGAGGAAAAAGCCGAUUCGAGUCAAUACAGACUUCAAUAGAAGUGUGUCUGUGCCUGUAGAUAAACUGGCCCCACGAAUGCUUUCAGGACAUUCAAGUGCACCAAAUCAGACUCCGACUACUCCAGAAUCAGAUUCCAGUAAACAUUCCAGAACUGGUUCGCUACUGCCCCCAAUUCAAAUGCCUACUGAUCUCAAUUUUAGCAGCUUAGCAUCAACUCCAUCUUUAGAAUGUGGAGAAUCUGCUUUAGACCAUCACUCCGAGAGAAGAAACUCUUCUGGAACCUUACUUUCACCGGAAGCAGAUUUAGUAGGGAUCGAAACUGAUGGGUUUUACCUUUUGAAAAAGGACUCUCAGCGACGAACGACUUUGGCUAAAGUGCUGGCAAAUGACGGUAACAAGAUUUGCGAUCUUUGGAUGCAGAAAGUUCGCGAUAAAUAUUUGGGGAAAACUAUACUCACACCGAAACAUCUCCAGAGUUUAAUGGAUGGAUUAAAAGCGUAUCUGACUGAUCCAUCUCUAACCAUUGUGGAAACAACUAUCAAACAGCUUAAAGACGAAUUGGAUUACGACAGUGGUGCUAUUCAUCAAUUACAAUUCGCCAUAUGCUUGUACCAAGAUUCAGUUAACGAAGUUCUGCGUCUUCACCCAAUCAAACCCCAUUGGAUGUUCGCUCUAGACAAUCUAGUCCGUUCUGGAGCACAGGCAGCUAUUACAGUGCUAUCACCAGAACUAGGGGAGAAUUUAGCACCGCAAGGUUCAGUGGGUACUUCGAAAUCCAGCAAGACGAACGAAAGCUUUGAAAUUGGAGAUCCUUCCUUGAUUCAUUUGAAAGGAGAACAUUCAAGAUUAUGCUACGACUGUGUGGAAAACUUGAAGCGAAUGGUGGUCAAAGAGCUGCAGGAAUCGAACAAACAACAAAUGGAUGCACUUAAAGCUUGCCUUCAAGAAACUGCCAGACAGCAAAUGGAUCUUCUGCGAAUUAGUUUGCAAGGAGAUCAAGAAGAGGAACAGGAGGAAGAUCUCAGGCUGGCAAACUGGUUGCAGGGUCUUGGAAUCAGCGAAAAAUCCCAGAAAAAGGUGUUGACACGAGGGUAUACGUUAGAGGAAGUUCUGCACGACUUUUCUCGCGAAGACAUAAGAGGGCUGGGCCUGCUAGACGCAUCUGGGUUGAGAAUAUGGAAAGCAAUAAAACAAUAUCGAAACACAAAUGGUCUACGCUCGUAAAAGUAAAAAUUGCCAUAAAGUUAAAUAUCAAAAAAUCCUGCAUCAGUUCCUGAUUAUUGCCGGAGAGCGACCUUGUUUGUUGUUUUCUCUUUUUCAGCUCCGGUUUAAGUUUCUUAUUUUUAAAAGACAAUAAGAUUUACUAUAUUUUUGACUUAAAAUUCAUGAUUUGAUGGUUUUUGAACCAAAGUUUUCUCUCUUUUCUUCGACAUUUAGGAAAUACACUACUAAUUUAAAAAUAAAUAAGAUUACUUUAAUGAAUAACGAUUUUUUUACAUUUUCUAUUUAGCAGCAUACUCGAAGUGUAAUGUUCAAAAAUUACUUAUUUCUGUUCUUCUGGUUGAUUUCUCUGAGCAAUAUGCUUCUAAAUAAUUUGACUAUUUUUACAGAAUAUCGCGACAAUUAUUGAAAUCAUAGUUGGGUUUCAAGAUUCAAAAAUACAAAUAAUCUGAAACAUUUGUAGUUAUAUCCAUUUUCUUAAACGUUUUAAAUCAGGCAAGAUAAAAUACCGCCUUUGCGGUAAAGCACCGAAUAACUUAAAAGAAUAGCAAUAAUUAUAAUUAAAUUAAAAAUACUUUUUUCGUAUUUGUACGUGUUAUUGUAUUUAUAAGAAUUAAUGAUUUAUUUAUGCUUUUUUGGGGUUCACAUUCAAUUUGUCAGUUUGUAAAAUAUAUUUUUUCAAUUGCUAAAACUGAACAGUUAAGCAGAGGCGCUGGAAUGGUACUUGAAUUUACAUAUAGCAAUUACGCUUUAGGAUUCGAUUUUGUUAAACAGCCAUAAUACCAAAUAAUUUUUCAUUUCCUUUAUUUCGAUUAUACAUUAGACGCGUAAACUUCCAUUCUGAACCUCUCUGAAUUUUCUGUAUAAAGUAUAAGAAAUUGUAUAUACUUUUAAUUGUUAUGAGAUUGGUGGUUAUCCUUUUGAGAUAUAUUUCAAAAAAUCAGUUAAAUAUCAACCUGAUCGGAAUAAUUAGCAAUAUCUGUAAGCACAGUUUAAGCGUUUUGAAAUAUAUCUGAAAAUCCCAACAAGUUAUAUAAUUUAUUGAAAGUUUGCUGGAAAGAAAUGUUAUUUUGUCUUCCAAAAACGAAUGAAAGAACUGAUUAAGUUUAUUGAUAAUUUUAGGAAUAACCGUUUUUGUUUUUGCUUUUGGACUAAAAUAAAAAUAUUCUUUGUCGAUUAUAUUAUACAACUAAUAUGUAAAUAUUCAUUUUUAAUUUUAGACAGAUAUUAAUUGUUGCUGAGGUAUCCAGAUUUGUUAUUUUAUUAAUACACUGAUAAAUUAUU